CGCGGCCUGCAGCGGGGUCCCGAGGAGGUUGCGGCAGCGCUCGGCUGCAGCUUCGGUGCUGCUCGGGAUCCGGACGCGUCGGCGGCGCGCCUCGUCCCUCUGCGCCCCGGUCGGCGUCACAGCCGCGCCCGCGCCCGCGCCCGGCCCCGCGCGGACCGCCGUAGCCGCGCCUCGGGCCGGAGGAUGCCCAGGAAGCUGCUGCUGCUGCCCCCGCUCUCCGCGUGCUCCGCUCUGCGCGUCCCGCGGGCUCGGCCCGCCGUCUCGCCGGCCAUGAACGCCGCCCGCACCGGCUACCGAGUCUUCUCGGCCAACUCCACGGCCGCCUGCACGGAGCUGGCCAAGCGCAUCACCGAGCGUCUUGGUGCUGAAUUGGGGAAAUCUGUUGUAUAUCAGGAGACCAAUGGAGAAACAAGAGUUGAAAUCAAAGAAUCUGUUCGCGGCCAAGAUAUUUUUAUUAUACAGACAAUACCCAGAGAUGUGAACACGGCUGUGAUGGAGCUGCUGAUCAUGGCGUAUGCACUGAAGACGGCCUGCGCCAGGAACAUCAUUGGCGUCAUUCCCUACUUCCCCUACAGCAAGCAAAGCAAGAUGAGGAAGAGGGGCUCCAUUGUGUGCAAGCUCCUGGCAUCCAUGCUGGCAAAAGCCGGUCUAACCCACAUUAUCACUAUGGAUCUCCACCAAAAGGAAAUACAAGGCUUUUUCAGCUUCCCCGUGGACAACCUUAGAGCCUCACCUUUCCUGCUUCAGUAUAUCCAGGAAGAAAUUCCAAAUUACAGAAAUGCAGUCAUUGUAGCUAAGUCUCCUGAUGCUGCAAAAAGGGCUCAGUCCUAUGCUGAGAGACUCCGCCUGGGGCUGGCUGUGAUCCACGGAGAGGCUCAGUGCACGGAGCUGGACAUGGACGACGGCCGCCACUCACCCCCCAUGGUCAAGAACGCCACUGUGCACCCAGGCCUGGAGCUGCCCUUGAUGAUGGCCAAAGAGAAGCCGCCAAUAACAGUGGUUGGAGACGUCGGGGGACGCAUUGCGAUCAUAGUGGAUGACAUCAUUGAUGACGUGGAGAGCUUUGUUGCGGCUGCAGAGAUCCUGAAAGAGAGAGGUGCUUACAAGAUCUAUGUCAUGGCCACGCACGGCAUCCUGUCUGCUGAAGCCCCCCGUCUGAUCGAGGAGUCCCCCAUCGAUGAGGUGGUGGUGACGAACACUGUCCCUCACGAGCUUCAGAAACUACAAUGUCCCAAGAUAAAGACUGUGGACAUCAGCUUGAUCCUUUCUGAGGCGAUUCGGAGAAUCCACAACGGCGAGUCCAUGGCUUACCUCUUCCGGAACAUCACAGUGGAUGACUAGCUUGGAGCUGCCUGCCCUGCAGAGGCGGGCGUGCACAGCAGCGUGUCAGCCUGCAAGUAGGCUGCAGUUAGGGAGUCUGCCAGGCUGCUGAGUCCCUCCUCCCCAUCUGCAGAAGGCAGCACCUAUGUGGAAUAUGUUCUACUAAAUAAGCGGGCAUCCAGUUGUAGACUGUUAACACUGUGACCGGGUGCAUACACGGCCCUCCUGUCCUUGUCUGUCGUCAGCCUUGCUCUGCCUCCUGAGCAGACACUGACACAAAAGUCAGUCUCCUUGCCAGUUUGUUCACUGGUCUGCUCUGGGACAGCAGGUGAGGCACUGAGCUCGGUCAGGGAGCUGAGUGGCCCUGGCUGAUGUGCGCAGUUGUCCUCUCCCUGGGCAAGGUCAACUAAGUCUGCUAUGAAGAAUCACUUUCCUUUUAGAAACUGCUGUGUCUGCUGCCAUGGGACAGCAAAGCUCCCUGCCUGCUCUCACUGAGCUAGUCACAUGAGAGAGUAGCACCCCGCCCUCAGAACUGCGUUGCUCAGAAGCUGCGAAUAAAGUUUCUUGUCUCCCUGUGUCUUCA